UUGUAUCAUUUUUAGUCUCUUAGCGGAAUCAUACAUUUUAUAGUACACAUUGAUUUUUGCCGAAUUCCGUUGACACUUCAAACAAAGACUUUAGUUUGCGUGAAAUACCCAGGAAAGAGAGAGUUUUGAAGACUUGGGUUGUUUCAUCAUUUGCAAUUAUUCAUGGAGUGGGUGAAAAGAAAGAUAAGGUUCUUGAAAAGGAGGAAUGAGAAAUUAUCGCCUUGGUAUAUUGAAAAUGGAGGCAAGGUGUUAGAAGGGCUUAUUGCUUUCUCUAAUGGUAGGUAUGAUAUUCCUUAUCGCGUCUUUACCGUUGAAGAACUUAAUAAAGCAACAAACGUCGAUUUCCCUAGUCUUCGAGAUAGCGAUUCCAGAUCUGUUAUGUGGGAUGCAUGGGGCUAUUACAUCAGCGGCAUUUUUCAACAAAGGUCUAUUCUGGUGAAGAAGUUCCGUAGUUCUGGUUUAGGAGACGAAAUGCCGUCCCUUGCUGUCAACGACAUAGUAUUCACGGUGCUGAUGAACCGCCACAAAAAUGUUUUGAAGGUCUUGGGUUGCUGCUUAGAUUUGGAAACACCUGCUAUUAUCUAUGAAAUCGGGUUGAACCAUGGACUUUUGAGGGACCUUCUUUUUAAUGGCAAUAAUACCGAUAGAUCACUCUGUUGGAGCAAUCGACUAAAAAUUGCAACAGAUGUUGCAAAUGCUGUUGUCUAUCUUCAUACUGCAUUUCCCACACCUAUCAUCCAUAGAGAUCUAACCACAAGAAACAUUGUCAUAGACAAUAAUGGCGUUGCUAAGCUUUUCGAUUUCUCACUCUGCGUAGCAUUGCCUCCCGGAGAAUCACAGAUGGAAGUAGGAUUAGCUGGGACGCAUGGACAUAUUGAACCUGACUACGUGCAAACAAACAUUAUCACAGAAAAGACUGAUGUCUACGGUUUUGGAAUUAUUCUCCUUCAACUAUUAACUGGUCGUCAUCUUCGCAAUCUAGAUGAUGAACAUCCUUGUUUAGAGGAUUUUGUAGAACACCACGUUGAGAAGAAUGAGUAUAGUAAAAUUUUGGACCCAAUAAUUUUAGGGGAGAUAGGCGAAAUAGAGCAUCAAUUGCAGGCUUUCACAAGACUUACUUUGAGAUGUACUGUUGUCAGAGGAGCAGAUAGGCCUUACAUAAUCGAUGUGGCAAAAGAACUAGUAAGGAUUCAGAGGUCUGUUCAUCCCACUCAAAGGAGCAGCAGAUAAGCCAUAUUGUCAAAGAUAUUAUGUUAUUGGGUAAAACAAUUUCUAGCUUGGGUUCAGACUUCAGAGGUCUGUUUAUCCCACUCAAAGGAGCAGCAAAAGAACUAGCAAGGAUUCAGAGGUGUGUUAAUUUGUUAUUUUGUUUGGGUAAAACACUUGAUGCUUACCAGUAAUGUAUGAACGUUUACUCGAGAUAAGCUGUAGACUUGUGAAAGAUCUGAGCACGAAACUUGUGAUCUUGUUUGCUGAUGUUUUCCAUUAUGAAACUGUUGUCUAUAACAAUGGUUUGUAAUAAGAUUUUGUUAUAAUGAUGCACAUAUUUUAUUUA